AUGGUCCCAGGAAACCUAGCAGAUAGGUCUCACUGUGAUGGAUUGGCCUCGAUCCCUUACGUGGUAACUAUAAGGGUUGAUAAGCUGAUCCGUCAUUUGCACAAACACAGCAUACCUAUGGCUGUUGCCACCAGCUCAGCUGAAGUGACAUUUAAGAUGAAAACAGCCAGACACAAAGACUUCUUUGGUCUUUUUCAUCAUAUUGUUUUGGGCGAUGACCCAGAGGUGAAGUGUGGCAAGCCAGAGCCUGAUGCAUUUCUCAUUUGUGCAAAGAGAUUUCACCCUCCAGCACCUCCAGAGAAG